AUUGCAUUUUUCAAUAACACCGGGGAGAGGUGCGACCACUUUAGCGGCGAUAGCAGGAGCGAUAGCGAUAAGGUCGCCGACGAUGGGGAAGAAGGCAUUCAAACAAAGGAUGCCGCAAGACCAGGCGGCAAACUCUGAGGCCAAAGGGCUAGCAGCGGCUGUAAAGAAAACGCCAACAAAGCAAAAAGCAACGAAGGAAAAGGCUGCGGAUGUCGGUGCUCCUACGGAAGCCGUCGGACGUCCUCCCAAGCGCAAGCAAGAAGCUGUCACGGACGACGCGCCUAAACAGCCCAAGGCCGCUGGAUUGCGAAAGCGACCAAAGCUCGAGAAGAGAGGCAUCAUCAAUCGAGCCCCGAACCAGAAGCUCAACGUCUAUGUUUGCGGAGACGUUAGCGCCGGCGAGAUUGGUCUCGGUCCGGACGUGAAAAAGGUGAAGCGACCGCGCCUCAACCCGAAUUUACUGCCCGAUUCCAUCGGUGUGGUCCAGGUUGCUACUGGUGGUAUGCAUGCUCUUGCUCUUACGCACGAUAACAAGAUCCUGUCCUGGGGUGUGAAUGAUCUGGGCGCCCUUGGACGCAAUACUGACUGGGAAGGAAGGCUGGUGGAUAUUGCUGAUGCCGAUGCGGAUGCCAAGUCUGAUGACAGUGACGGUGGGAUGAACCCAUUAGAGUCAACGCCAACCGCAAUCCCAGAGGAUAGUUUCCCCCAAAAUACUAUCUUUACACAAGUCGCAGCUGGCGGCAGCGCAAGCUUUGCGGUUACGGAUGGUGGCCGUGUUUAUGGAUGGGGCACCUUUAGAAACAACGAAGGAAAAUCGGCCUUCAUGUUCGAUAAGCGUGGCGAGCUGGUCGAGGAACAACGAACACCGGUUCUACUCCCGAAUCUUAAAAACAUUACUCAGAUAGCUUGCGGCGCUGAUCACGCCCUCGCCCUAGACAAGUCGGGCCGCAUUCAUUCCUGGGGCAAUGGCCAGCAAAGUCAGCUUGGUCGUCGUGUCUUUGAGCGGACUAAGACUGCAACCGUUGUUCCUAGUGGCGUUUCAAUUCCCAAAAGGGCCAUUGCGGUCGGCUGCGGCUCGUAUCACUCUUUCGCUAUCGAUAGUGAUGGCAGCCUGUGGGCCUGGGGUCUGAACAGCUACGGUGAGGCAGGCAUCCCCAUUAGCCAGGAUGAGGAGCCUAGGCAGAUCGUCCAUCCACCGCAGAGGGUUGAGAGUAUUACAGGGAAGAAAGUGAAAAGCGUUCAAGGCGGAGCCCAUCACUCAGUGGCCGUAACCACUGAUGGCGAUUGCUUAGUCUGGGGACGUACAGAUGGUGGACAGUGCGGCAUUGACGUACGCAGUCUUGCAGAUGAGAAUGUGGUUAAGGACAGCCGAGGGAAUAUUCGCAUCCUCUCUAUACCCACGGCUGUACCUGGAAUCAAGGCUACUAUGGCCGCAGCUGGCAGCGACCACACCAUUGCCAUCACUACCGAUGGCAAGGCGUACUCAUGGGGCUUCAAUGCCACGUUCCAACUUGGGCAGGGCGUGGAUGACGAUAUUGAGAUUGCGACGCUGAUCGAUAACACCGCAUUGCGAAACGCGAAAGCCAACUGGGCCGGUGCCGGAGGACAGUAUUCCAUCAUCACUGCUCCAGCUGAGGGCUGAGCCGUUAGUAGGCGGCAAGCACUAUCUUUGCUCCUCAUUUCGCGAUGUUUAGGAUAUACCCAG